AGAAACUGCUAGAAAUGAACUGCACUCCGCACUUCAGCACCCACAGUUAUGCACUUUACCGUUUUUAAUAUUGGCCAAUCAUCAAGACAAGCCAGCUGCUCGAUCAGUACAAGAGGGUGAAGGAUAAGCAGGUAGAUGGGGGGAAAGGAGAGGAAGGAGCACAGAGGACGCAUGCCAGUUCCAUUGACAGAGCAAGGAAAUACAUAUGUGCGUGUAUAUAUAUAUAUACAUGUAUAUAAAUACUUUUACAUGUAACUUUAUAUUAAAUGCUAUGAGUUCAUAUGGAUUCAGCUCUAACUCACUCCCAUAUGAAUUAUGCUAGCUUCUACCUUGCUUAUAUGUAACUUAUGUCUCCAACACUGAGAAACCUGUCUUCACCACCCACCAUCCAUUUACUUGUUAUUUAAUUUCAUUAUAUAUGUAUAGUGGUUUCAGAAUUGUUCAUCUGUGAGAAACAAUUUGGCAAGUAGAGUAUAAUUCUUAAUGGUCAGUUCCCUUUGCUUUUAGUCUUUGGACUACUUAUUUCCAAAGUUACGUAGGUCAGUGUCUUAUGCCUCCACACCCUUUAGUGAGGUUGUUUCAUAUAUUUUUUAAUACAUUCUUUUGUCACUUUCUGCAUGCCAUCCUAGAAUCUCUUGAUCUUUUAGUCGAUUUUUAAAAUUUGCAUACAUUAAAUUUUACUCCAUGCUGUAAAGCUCUGUGAAUUCUGGCAAAUGCUUAAUGUCUUAUAUCUACCUUUACAGUAUCAUACAGAAUAGUCUGCCCUCCAUAAAAAAUUCCCCAUGUUUUACUUGCUCGACUUUCCCACUCUGAAGCCCUGACAAUGACUGACCUUUAUUGCCUCUUUAUUUUGGUCUUCUCCAAAGCAUCUUAUAGUUGGAAUCAUAGUAUGUAGCUUUUUCAGACUGGCUUCCUGUGCUUACCAGCAUGCAUUAAAGAGUGAUCCGGGUCUUUUCAUGGUUUGAUAGUUCAUUUCUUUUUAUCACUGAAUAACACUUCAUUAUGUGUCUAUCCCAGAGUUUAUCAUUUCACUAUCGAAGGACAUUUUAGUUGCUUCCAGUUUUUACAAUUAUAAAUAAAGUUGCUAUAAACAUUUGUGUGCAGGUUUUUGUAGGAACAUAAGUUUUUGUAUCAGUUGAGUAAUUACCUAGAAGCAUGAUUGCUGGGUCAUAUGUUAAGAUUAUAUUUAAUUUUGUUAGGAAACUGUCAGACUGCUUUCCAAAGUGGUUGUACCAUUUUGCAUUCUCACCGUCGAUGAAUGAGAGUUCCUGUUGCUUUGCAUCUUCAUCAACAGUUGGUGGUGUUAGCCAGUUUAAUAAAUGUGUAAUGUCUCCUCAUUGCUUUAAUUUACAGUACCCUAAUGUCAGAUGAUGUUGAUCAUCUUUUAUUGUGUGUCAUUUUCCUUUUUGAUGAGAUUUCCUUUCAGGGCAUCUGCCCAUUUUUUAAAAAUUGCAUUGAUUAUUUCUUUUCCAGACUCCCUAAUUCAUAUACAUUACAUAUAUUCUUUUUUACGUAUCAAAUAAUUUGGUAAAAUAUUAAAGCAAGGGAGCAGGAAACAACUUUGGGCUUCAUGCUGUAGGUAUGAGAGCUGAUUAAGAUUUCAGGCUUAACUUCAAACUACAGUCUUGCUAUUUACUAGCCUUGUGACAUUGGAAAAGUUACAUAAUCUCUCAGGGCCUCAAUUUCCUCAUACUUCCAAUAAGAGUGUUAAUAUCUACUUCACCUGCAUUUUGUGCAAAUUUAAUGAAAACAGUAGAUUUAGGUGAGAUCCAGAAGUGCUAGAGCCUUUACAUGUACUACAUGGGAGAUGCUCAAUAAACAGUGGCUUCCUGUAAGCCUAACAGAGGAGACUUGCCUCAUUCAUGAGACAGAUAUUUAACACUUGCCAGGAAUUGUUCUAUGUAUUGUGAUACAUCCAUGAGUCUCUCUGUGGUGGGAUUUGUAGAAAUCUUUUAAGCUAGAUUGUGGUACUUUGUCAUAAUUUAGAAAAUUAACUUGGAGGAAAAGACCAGAAGCAGAGAAUUAAAUUAAUAGAAUCCAAAAAGUUCAGGCAAGAGAUUAUGACAAUGUAAAAGAUAAAAUUGGGAAUGGAGAAGAGGGGACUGCUGAAAGAGAUGUCUCAGAAGUAGAAUCCUGUGGACAUGGAGAUUACCAGGUGAUUAAGGGUACAAUAUGUUAAAGAUGACUGACUUUUCUGAGUGAGAGAUUAUAAAAUACUGGUUUAUAAAAGAGUGUGGCCACUUAGAAUGCUUUGAUAAUCAACACAGCUUUAAACAUAUACAUACACUGAUCAUAGCCAAAAUAUCUUUUGUAAAACUCUGAAAUGCAGAAGUACCGAGUCCUAGCAGAAACAUCUGAAGAAAAAACUAAACACUCAUGUCAAAUGAGAAUCCUUCAAGAUUAAUUAGCCACCCAAAAUUCUGUGGAUUGGUUCUAAUAAUUGAGUUGCAGAGCAUUUUAAGAGACAGCACAGUGUUCUUCCUCGUCUAAUAAAGUUGGAAGGUAAGUUUCUGCUCAAUGGCAUGAUUGACUUAGCAGCAAACAAGAACUGCACAGUUUCAUCUCCAAUUCUAAGUUAAACAGAGCUGAGAGCUAAUUCCCCUGUGUAUUUAUAAGGACGAGUUAAAUCCCUCCCAGUGUGAUGUAGCACCAGAUCGAAGUAAACAGACUGUGAUUUCAGUGCUAGACACAGCCUGAAGGCAGAAGAAAUUACACUGUCAUGUGGAGGAUAUGUAGCUGCUGCUAUUUUGGUGCUUGAGUUCUUUGAUGUCACAUAGUUGAAGGCAAUCCAGAUGAGGAAGAGUGUUACCAACAAAAGGAGCAAAUUCCCUGCACAUGGCUAGAGGGAUGUAGGAGAAGAGGGAGGACAAUACAUUGCCAUCUGAACCCACCAGUAAGGGGUCUGUUCCAGUGAUUGCUUGUCUUCUCUCUUCUUGGAAGCAAGUUGUUCACAAGGACAAAAUGCAAAGUAAAGCUUAAAAACUAUUUCAUCAGUUUAUUAGCCAUUGUAGGAUCUAAAAAUAAUUAUUGCUUCCUUGAUUGAAUUAGCUUCCAGUUGCCUAUAAAAUAAGCUUAGGGGAAAAAAAUGCAAUACCCAUUUUCUUCAUCUCUCCAGUACCAUCAGGGUAUUAUUUAAACUAUACAUUAUUACUUAUUUAUAUAUUAUUUAUAUAAACAUAAUAUUUGCCUUUGUGUGUCUGUAUCCUUAGAUACAUAGAGAAACAUUAUAGGCCAUUACUUGUAUAAUUAAGGGACUAAUUCUGAACAGACUAGACUAGACUUCAUAAGUUUUACCAUUCAGAAUGAAUAGUAAAGAGUCUGAGGUGCUCAAGAUGGUGGCGUGAGUAGGGCAGCGGAAUACUCCUCCCAAAACCAUAUAUAUUUUGAAAAUACAGCAAAUACAACUAUUCCUAAAAGAGAGACCAGAAGAUACAGUACAACAACCAGGCUACAUCUACAUUUGUGAAAACUCAGCAUCUCACAAAAAGGAUAAGAUACAAAGCUGUGACCUGGCGGGACCCGAGCACUCCCUCCACCCCAGCUCACCAGCAGGAGGAAAAGAAUCACAGUGGGGAGGGAGUGGAAGCACAGGACUGGCCCUAAUAAUCUGCACCAGGAGCACAGACACAUGUUGCAUGGUGUACUGGAUAUUAGAGAAACAGAAAAAGUAAAAUCCUAGAUGGAGACUGUGAGUGGGUCCCCAAGCCGGCUCCCCUGGGACAAAAGAAAAGCAGACACAUUAAAAGUCUUAGAGACAAGGGCUUAAAAGGUGGACAAAAUCGUCCUGACAUACUCAGCCCAACAGGCUGGUAUCUUAAGGAACUUCAGGCAUCCUAAACCCCUGGGUGGCAACGCAGCUCCAAAGCCCCUCUUGGGGAUAAACAGCCUGCCAUUCGUUCUCCACCACUGGCAUUGCAAGCAAAGUGGCUGACCCACUAUUGCUGCAGACCAACUAGGGAGCAGCCCUGCCCACAGCAACCACACAGAGUCCUCUCCCAGCAUGCAGCUAACCAGGCCAGACCCAGAGGCCUAUGUGCAGCUGCCUGGCACAGGCAGAGGAAGCUGACACAAGGUCCAGAAGGCAUGAAGGGACGCCGUUCUCACAGGACAAUACACACCACUCCUCUGUGACCCCUGACAGUGCUCUAGGUUAUCCUGAGGGCCACCCCACCAACAGCAGCUCAGGGGAUACCCAGAGACUGCUCCCUGUGUGCAGGGAACUGGCAGAGGGAGCAGAGAAAGGCACAGCAACCAGCAAGCAAGAAGGGACUUUAUUCUCCCAGCUGACACACCCACCACUUGCUGGCCAUCACUUCCAUUGCUAUGAAAAGACAGAAGAACCUGCUCCAGUCCAAAAUCACACAAACAACACCAGAGAGAGGACCUGGCAAGAUAGAUAUAACCAAUCUUCCUGAAAAAUAAUUUAAAAUAAAAGUCAUAACCAUGCUGAUGGACCUGCUAAGGGAUAACAGAAAUGAAACAAUCAAUAAAAGGACUUAAGAGCAGACUGGAUGUGGUGCAAGAGACUGUUAAUGGACUAGAAAUCAGGGAACAGGAAUACAGAGGAGCUGAGGCAGAGAGAGAUAGAAGGAUCUCUAGGAAUGAAAGAAUAUUAAGACAACUGUGUGACCAAUCCAAACAGAACAAUAUUCGCAUAAUAGGGGUACCAGAAGAAGAGAGAGAAAAAGGGAUAGAAAGUGUCUUUGAAGAAAUAAUUACUGAAAACUUCCCCAAACUAGGGGAGGACAUGGCCUCUCAGACCACAGAGGUACACAGAACUCCCAUGACAAGGGAUCCAAGGAGGGCAACACCAAGACACAUAAUAAUUAAAAUGGCAAAGAUCAAAGACAAGGACAAAGUAUUAAAGGCAGCCGGAGAGAAAAAAAAGGUCACCUACAAAGGAAAACCCAUCAGGCUAUCAUUAGACUUCUCAACAGAACCCUUACAGGCCCGAAGAGAAUGGCAUGAUAUAAUUAAUGCAAUGAAACAAAAGGGCCUUGAACCAAGAAUCCUGUAUCCAGCAACAUUAUCAUUUAAAUUUGAAGGAGGGAUUAAACAAUUUCCAGAUAAGGAAAAGGUGAGGGAAUUUGCCUCCCACAAACCACCUCUACAGGGUAUUUUAAAGGGAUCGCUCUAAAUGGAAGUACUCCUAAGGCUAAGUAGAUGUCACCAGACAAAAUAAAAUCACAGCAAAGAAAGCAAACCAACCAAAUACUAACUAAAGGCAAAAAAUAAAAUCAGCUAUGAACAAAACCAGUCAAGGGAAACACAAAAGAGUACAGAAUAAACACCCAACAUAUAAAGAGUGGAGGUGGAAGAAGAAGGGAGAGAAAUAAAGAUUCAUCAGACUGUGUUUAUAAUUACGUAGUAAGUGAGUUAAAAUUAGAUGGUUAGAUAGUAAAGAAGCUACCCUUGAACCUUUGGUAACCACGAAUCCAAAGCCUGCAAUGGCAGUAAGUAGCUACCUAUCGAUAAUCACCCUAAAUGUAAAUAAACUGAAUUCACCAAUCAAAAGACACAGGGAUAAAAAAGCAAGACCCAUUUAUAUGCUGCUUACAAGAGACUCACUUCAAACCCAAAGACAUACACAGACAAAAAGUGAAGGGAUGGAAAAAGAUAUUUCAUGCAAACAAUAGGGAGAAAAAAGCAGGUGUUACUGUACUUGUAUCAGACAAAAUAGACUUCAAAACAAAGAAAGUAACAAGAGAUAAAGAAGGACAUUACAUAAUGAUAAAGGAGUCAGUCUAACAAGAGGAUAUAACCAUUAUAAAUAUCUAUGCAGCUAACACAGGAGCACUGACAUAUGUGAAACAUAUACUAACAGAAUUAAAGGAGGAAAUAUAAUGCAAUGCAUUCAUUUUAGGAGACUUUAACACAACACUCACUCCAAAGGACAGAUCCACCAGACAGAAAAUAAGUAAGGACACAGAGGCACUGAACAACACACUAGAACAGAUGGACCUAACAGAUAUCUACAGAACUCUACUCCCAAAAGCAGCAGAAUACACAUUCUUCUCAAGUGUACAUGGAACAUUUUUCAGAAUAGACCACAUACUGGGCCACAAAAAGAGCCUCAGUAAAUUCAAAAAGAUUGAAAUUCUACCAACCAACUUCUCACAUCACAAAGGUAUAAAACUAGAAAUAAAUUGUACAAAGAAAACAAAAAGGCUCACAAACACAUGGAGGCUUAACAACAUGCUCCUAAAUAAUCAGUGGAUCAAUGACCAAAUUAAAACAGAGAUCCAGCAAUAUUUGGAGACAAAUGACAACAAGAGCACAAUGCCCCAACUUUUGUGGGAUGCAGCGAAGGCAGUUUUAAGAGCUAAGUAUAUAGCAAUCCAGGCCUAUUUAAAGAAGGAAGAACAAACCCAAAUGAAUAGCCUAAAGUCACAAUUAUUGAAAUUGAAAUAAGAAAAACAAAUGAGGCCCAAGUCAGCAGAAGGAGGGGCAUAAUAAAGAUCAGACAAGAAAUAAAUAAAAUUGAGAAGAAUAAAACAAUAGGAAAUAUCAAUGAAUCCAAGAAUUGCUUAUUUGAGAAAAUAAACAAAAUAGAUAUACCCAUAGCCAGACUUAUUAAGUGAAAAAGAGAAUCUACACACAUAAACAGAAUCAGAAAAGAGAAAGGAAAAACCACAACGGACACCACAGAAAUACAAAGAAUUAUGAGAGAAUACUAUGAAAACCUAUAUGCUAACAAGCUGGAAAACCUAGAGGAAAUGGACAACUUUCUAGAAAAAUACAACCUUCCAAGAUUGACCAAGGAAGAAACAGAAAAUCUAAGCAGAGCAAUUACCAGCAACAAAAUUGAAUUGGUAAUCAAAAAACUACCCAAGAACAAAACCCCGGGACAGAUGGAUUCACAGCUGAAUUUUAUCAGAUAUUUAGGAAAGACAUAAUACCCAUUCUCCUUAAAGUUUUCCAAAAAAUAGAAGAGGAGGGAAUACUUCCAAACUCAUUCUAUGAAGCCAGUCUAAUACCAAAACCAGGCAAAGACCCCACAAAAAAAGAAAAUUACAGACCAAUAUCCCUGAUAAACAUGAUGUGAAAAUUCUCAACAAAAUAUUAGCAAACCAAAUUCAAAAAUACAUCAAGAGGAUCAUACACCAUGAUCAAGUGGGGUUCAUCCCAGGGAUGCAAGGAUGGGACAAUAUUCAAAAAUCCAUCAAGAUCAUCCACCACAUCAACAAAAAGGACAAAAACCACAUGAUCAUCUCCAUAGAUGGUGAAAAAGCAUUCAACAAAAUUCAACAUCUAUUCAUUAUAAAAACUCUCAACAAAAUGGAUAUACAGCAAGUACCUCAACAUAAUAAAGGCCAUAUAUGACAAACUACAGCCAACAUCAUACUUAACAGUGAGAGGCUGAAAGCUUUUCCUCUAAGCUUGGGAACAAGACAUGGAUGACCACUCUCCCCACUUUUAUUCAACAUAGUACUGGAGGUCCUAGUCUCAGCAAUCAGACGACACAAAGAAAUACAAGGCAUCCAGACUGUUAAUGAAGAACUCAAACUGUCACUAUUUGCAGAUGACAUGAUACUGUACAUAAAAAACCCUAAAGACUCCACUCCAAAACUACUAGAACUAAUAUCGGAAUUCAGCAAAGUUGCAGGAUACAAAAUUAAUACACAGAAAUCUGUUGCUUUCUUAUACACUAACUAUGAACUAGCAGAAAGAGAAAUCAGAAAAACAAUUCCAUUCACAAUCGCAUCAAAAAAAAAGAAAAAACACAGGAAUAAGCCUAACCAAGGAAGUGAAAGACCUGUACCCUGAAAACUACAAGACACUCUUAAGAGAAAUUAAAGAGGACACUAACAAAUGGAAAUUCAUCCAUGCCCUUGGGUAGGAAGAAUUAAUAUUGUCAAAAUGGUCAUCCUGCCUAAAGCAAUCUACAGAUUCAAUGCAAUUCCUAUCAAAAUACCAACAGCAUUCUUCAAUGAACUGGAACAAAUAGUUCUAAGAUUCAUAAGGGACCAUAAAAGAUCCUGCAUAGCCAAAGCAAUCCUGAGAAGGAAGAAUAAAGCAGGGGGGAUCUCACUUCCCAAUUCAAGCUCUACUACAAAGCCACAGUAAUCAAGACAAUUUGGUACUGGCACAAGCACAGACCCACAGACCAGUGGAGUAGAAUAGAGAGUCCAGAUAUGAACCCAAACAUAUAUGAUCAAUUAAUAUAUGAUAAAGAAGCCAUGGACAUACAAUGGGGAAAUGACAGCUUCUUCAACAGCUGGUGUUGGCAAAACUGGACAGCUACAUGUAAGAGAAUGAAACUGGAUCAUUGUCUAACCCCAUACACAAAAGUAAAUUCAAAAUGGAUCAAAGACCUGAAUGUAAGUCAUGAAACCAUAAAACUCUUAGAAAAAAACAUAGGCAAAAAUCUCUUGGACAUAAACAUGACCGACUUCUUCAUGAACAUACCUCCCUGGGCAAGGAAAACAAAAGCAAAGAUGAACAAGUGGGACUAUAUCAAGCUGAAAAGCUUCUGUACAGCAAAGGACACCACCAAUAAAACAAAAAGGCAUCCUACAGUAUGGGAGAAUAUAUUCAUAAAUGACAGAUCUGAUAAAGCAUUGACAUCCAAUAUAUAUAAAGAACUCACACACCUCAACAAACAAAAAGCAAAUAAUCCAAUUAAAAAAUGGGCAGAGGAGCUGAACAGACACUUCUGCAAAGGAGAAAUUCAGAUGGCCAACAGGCACAUGAAAAGAUGCUCCACGUCGCUAAUCAUCAGAGAAAUGCAAAUUAAAACCACGAUGAGAUAUUACCUCACACCAGUUAGGAUGGCCACCAUCCAAAAGACAAACAACAAAUGUUGGCAAGGAUGUGGAGAAAGGGGAAUCCUCCUACACUGCUGGUGGGAAUGUAAAUUAGUUCAAGCAUUGUGGAAAGCAGUAUGGGUGUCCCUUAAAAAACUAAAAAUAGAAAUACGAUUUGACCCAGGAAUUCCACUCCUAGGAAUUUACCCUAAGAGUGCAGCAGCCCAGUUUGAAAAAGACAUAUGCACCCCUAUGUUUAUCACAGCACUAUUUACAGUAGCCAAGAAAUGGAACCAACCUAAGUGUCCAUCAGUAGAUGAAUGAAUAAAGAAGAUGUGGUACAUAUACACAAUGGCAUAUUUAGCCAUAAGAAGAAAACAAAUCCUACCAUUUACAACAACAUGGAUGGAGCUAGAUGGUAUUAUGCUCAGUGAAAUAAGCCAGGCGGAGAAA